GGAAGUGUCAGCGAGAUGGUCACAUGUAUUUAAACAGGGGAUCCGUAUUUACGGGCGGAAACACUAGUUUCGGUUGGGGUGGUGAGAUACUGAAUAAUAGUGGGCGCGAUUCUGGUUAAUUCACUGCGUACUAUUUAAGCUUUGAAUGAGAGCUGCAAUUGCGCUGGUGAAGGACUUGAUAUGGACGGUCUCAAAGGACGGUUAUUUGAAGAGGAACACGCCGAACCCUGUUCUGCAAACAUGCGGUCUUAUGGGAAGUGGAGGUUGGUCCCGGCCAUUGUCCCAUAUUCCUAAUGUUAUGUAUGCGAAGAUGGGGUUUGAAAACAUAUGUAAAGAAAUCGGGAAAUAUCCACCCAACCACGUGACUGCAUUUGGAACGAAUUCUCGCGAAGUGGAGAAAUGACUCACUCAUCUCAUUAAUUUGUGUCCAAGUUAUAAUGGAGGUGGUAUCAGCUGUUCGAUUUCCGAAAAUAUUUUCUCCGAGAGUUCUAAUCAGAGACUCGAGCAGGGUGAACGAUUUUGACCCUAAGCCACCCGGAGUCGAACCCAGAGGUUUGACACUUUCGGUGCAGUGUUGGGAGAAGCCGUACACGCCGACGUGUUGUUCAAGGUUCAGUUCUUUACUUGACCAAAGAGCGAGGGACCCUGUUCAUGAACAAGACUAUGUGACAACGUCGCCAAGACUUGGGGAGGGUACUGUACGGGAACGUGAGCACCAUGGCUCCAGAAGACCAGCAUGGCCGUGGAUAUCAGAAAGACCCCAAGAUCUCAGUAUGUCUGGCAGUCCACGUCAUUUUGUGUCGGGGUUCUAUGACAGUCGGGGCGCGGAUAGUUCCCCCUCCCUGGACGACAGCCCCCGGGGAAUGUCCCCAGAUAGUGUAAAGUCCGGCGGGCGGUUCAAAUCCAAGAUGAAGAUAUUCAAGUGCCCGUAUUGUGUAAUUAGCUGCAGUAACCGGGGACAGCUACUUGGGCAUAUCAGGAUACACACAGGUGAGAGGCCAUUCGUAUGUCAAGAACCCGGAUGUAAGAAAUCGUUCAUCCGUAACGAAGAGCUGACCCGUCAUCGACGUAUCCACACUGGAGAACGUCCGUACGUAUGCGAUUCGUGCAAAAAAGCCUUCACAAGAAAAGACCACCUGAACAAACACGUGAAGAUACACUCCACGACGAACGCCAUAUUCACAGUGUGAUUGUACUUCAAGGGCGUGAGAGAAUACUCUGUCUGGUCGUGGUUGCUCACAGACGCUUAUAUCAAACUGAACAACUCAGAGGUUGGCCAGUGAUCAAAAUAUUGAAGAUAAUCUUAUGGUAGAAACUCAACGCGUACAUGAAAACCGUUGCCAUCGGGUUAGCCAUUAACCUAUCAGUUGCUGGUGGAUGAUGACGUCAUGAGUGAGAAACUAUAAUUAGCUGGCACGUGAAAGUGUGCAUAAUACGCUGGUUAGGUAAACAGAUAGUCAGGUAGUCGCUGACUGUGAAGAAGCAUCCUCGUUGGCGUUUUUGUGACGUGUUAUCCAGGUUGGCCUGUUCUCCUGGGAGACGUGUAAUCUUGAUAUUCUUGUUAUCUGGGUAGACGAGUAAUGCGGGGAGACAUGUUAUCCAGGUAGACAAGUAACGUGGGUAAACAUGUUAUCCGGGUAGACGAGUAACACGGGGAGACAUGUUAUCCAGGAAGACGAGUAACAAGGGGAGACAUGUUAUCAGGGUAGACGAG